AUGUUCUACCACGCCCCAAGACAGAAGUCCCCAGUGAGGAAUAUAUUCCAGGAGAAUGUAGUGCAUUCCAAAAUCGUGUGCUUAGAAAACGAUCAAGCUCUUCUAUGGCCCCAAUACUCAAUCCAAACUAGCACAACAACCCCGCAGCGCAGGGUCAUCGAAGAACUAGUCCAAUACCUUCUUAACCCUGUCGACAGUGCCGUUAUCGUUAAGCCCGUACCCGUCCGAAAGGAUAGACCGACCGAGGCUAAGCCAUGCUUGACAACCCUCCCAUCCUCCAUCCAUGAAAUGAUCACAGAAUAUCUUUCCGACUACGACACCCUUUGCGUCGCAAUCUCAAGCCGUGACCUAUUCAACAAAUCGAUAGAAAGGAUGCAAAGCAUUGUCUGCCCACUCCAAAACAUUGGAUGUUGGUCCGGAAAGGCCCUCGUCCGUGCCGACCCAAGCAAUCCAACACCUACUGCUACUGCAGUUGAAGCUCAAUACCUUGAUAAGACUACCGAUGCAACAAUAAUCACCCCAGCUCUCCGAUCGAACGAAACUCUUUACCUUGCUUCGUUCCCCGACAAGCGUCUUGUACUUCACGGAAUCGCACAUGAUAUGCAUAUCCCCCAGAUCAUCCGACGAUUCGUAUCCGCCGCUCUAAGAGACAAGGAAUACGAAAACUUGUUCAUUGCGGGUGAGGAGUACGUCCUUCGCAAUAUCGAUAGGAGGGAGUAUAUCCGCUUCUAUACUGAUAAGGUUAGAAGCACUGUUGUCGAUGUCGGCGAGUUCAAGGAAGGUGAAGAGACACCUAUGGUUGAGAUCCUACAUGAAGCUGAGGUGUUGUUGGAUGCUAUUAGCUGCGCUCCAGAAGAUACUUUCUCUAAAGAACGAUUCGAGAAAGGUAGCUGGGCUGGCUGCAGAGUUGACAUCGUUUCCAAGAAGCGAGUUGAUGCAGAGGAAGGAUGGAAAUUGGCCGAGAAGAGCGAUGUUACAAGACCUUACAAUCGUCCUGAAGAUUGCAGAGGAAGAUACUUCAAAGACGGAAAUGGUGCGCUCAGAGACCGAUCUAGGUCUGGAUCCAUGAGAAGGGAUAAGAGCGUCGGAAAGAGGAAUAGGAUGUACUCUUUCCUUGGAAAAGAGAAGUUCAUGCUUCCCUGUCAACCAAGAGUUCUGGUUGAUGGAAGAAUCAUGUGGGCAUAA